AGUCGUUGCAAUCCCCGUCUGUUUGUCCAGGACGAUUGUCAAAGUGCGUGGAACCCCAGAAUUGGCAGCCAAGGGAUAUUUGGAUCUCUUCUCCUUCAGUGCUGAUAGAAGGGCCGAGAUAUGCUUAGUUGACGGCACCAUGUUCUUCCCAUCCAGGGUAGUGACGAUGGACCUCCUCUGGACACCAACCUGCUGCCGAAUAACCAGUUCCGUGAAAGUAGCGGCAGGCACCUUGCUGGCGGCUGGGGCGGCUACGAAGGCUGCGAACAAACUCGAGGACUUCAAGUUUAGCGGCGAUCCAUCUAAGCAAUCCCUUUCCUUUCCCCAAUGGAGAACCAAGUGCCCGAAAGCCAUCUCCGCAUCAGUUAUACUCUGAAUGCAAAGUUUACCAACUUGGCCAAAGGUCUCA